GACAUGACAGACGUGAUUGAUUUGACAAUAUACAGCCAACUCGAACCAUGAAACUCAGCCCCCAUCCUUUGUCUUUCUGUACUGUAACUUAUGUACCUCACAUUCCACAUGGUGAACACCGCAUUCCAACCAUCACACGUGGCGUCGUCGGAACAACGAUUACGGUACGUCGGCCUCGACGAGCCGCAUGAUGAGGUGUUUCCGUCCCCACAUCGGAAGUGUGGGGAAUCCCUGCCAAAGUGAAUGAAACACCGCGAAGAAUGUGUCCCGCUAAGCGUACUCGCGCAUGUGAUGAUGCACUCCUCUUUCCCAAUGGGGUGUCCUCGUGAUGGCGUGCUUCCGUUGCGUGCUGCAUGGAAAUUGAAUCUCUCUCAAGCCAUGUGCUUUACAAUGAUGUUACCUCCCAGCAAGGGCUUUGUUGCUUGAAAGCUUGGCGGUAGCAGUUCUGCUUACACUUGAGCUUGAGCUUUCAGGUCCCGAGACUUCUCCUUUCUUUGGAACUUUAUUCUACCUUUACGACCUCAUCAGGCCUCGAACUGGCUGGCACCUUGAUCAGUGACACAACGCGUCUAAGAUGGCGAAGCUGAAAGGCACCAGACUGGGCGCUUUCCGCGCCUACUUCUUCGGCUUCUUCGUGUGCACCGCUGGGUUCUUAUUCGGGUAUGAUACGGGAAUUGUUGGUGGUGUUCUGACGAUGAAGGCGUACAAGAGGGACUUCGGGUACAGCGACAACACGACCGUGUCAGCCGUCAUGGUGUCGUUGCAAAAUGUUGGCGCUUUCCUGGCCGCCUUGGCCAUCUCGCCCGUCUCGGAGCGAUAUGGACGAAAAACCACCGUUCAAGUUGCCUGCAUGGUCUUCUGCAUUGGUGUCAUCCUUCAAGUCGUCCCGUCGCAUUCGCUUGUAUGCUUCUACAUUGGAAGAUUCAUCGCGGGACUCGGUCUGGGUGGAGCUACUGCGGUUGUGCCCGCCUAUAAUGCGGAGCAAGCACCCAAGGAAAUUCGAGGACGACUCGGGUCAGGUAUGCAGAUGAUGUUUGCUGCCGGAGUCCUGAUCUCGUACUGGAUCGAUUAUGGGACCGUCGCAGAUAUGAAAGUCUCUUCAGCACAGUGGCAGAUUCCUGUGGGUCUGCAAAUGGUUCCAGCCGCUGUGCUUGGUCUGGGUCUUAUCACUCAGAAAGAAAGCAUCAGAUGGCUUGCGAAGAAGGGUCGCUAUGACGAGGCUUGGGACGCCUUGACAUGGAUGCGUGCUGAUGAUGGGCCCGAAGUCAAGGCUGAAUUCAACGAGAUCAAAACUGGUAUCGCUGAAGAGUAUCGUGCGAGCGAAGGGUUCAAGAAGCGCGAGCUACUCGAGCCAGCAAACCGAUACCGUCUUCUCCUUGCCUUUGGCGUUUUCUUAGGACAGCAAUGCACCGGUAUGACAGCACUUGCGUACUUCGGACCACAAUUCUUCAAACUAUUGGUCGGAGCUGGCAACAAGAAUCUGCUCAUUACGGGUCUCUUCGGCGCCGAGAAAUUCAUCGCUGUCUCGACGUACAUCUUCUUUUGCUCGGAGUGGUGGGGACGCAAGCCCACGUUCUGGAUCUCGGCUCUGCUCAUGGCUUGUUGCUUCGUCAUUGUCACGGUCGUGAACAAGACCACCCCAGCUCCGGUCAACAAUCAGACAACGAGCGCUGGCAUUGCGACAGUCGCCAUGAUCUUCAUCACCAACUCCAUCUAUCAGUUCUCGUGGGGUCCACUCCCAUGGCCAUACGCUGCAGAAAUCUUCCCCUCCCGAAUCCGCGAAAUCGGAACCUCAGUCGGCGUCGCUACGCAAUGGCUCUUCAACUUCCUCUUCUCGCUCGUAACGCCUUACAUGAUCGCUGCAUGGGGCUCCUACACCUUCCUCUUCUACGCAUGCCUGGACAUCAUCAUGGCCAUCUUGGUCUUCAUAUUUCUGAAGGAGACAAAAGGCCGCACGCUGGAAGAGAUGGAAACAAUCUUCCACUCCAGAGCUGCGUUCGACAACGAGGCGGUGAGGAGGAAGGCGAUUGAGAAUUUGGGCGGGAGCGAUGAUCACUUCACGACGGUUGAAGAAGUUCCGCCGAAAGCCGAUAGGAGGGACGUCGAUCCUUGA